AUGGGUCUACUCCCAAGCACAGGUGCCGGCGCCGUGAACGCAAUGCAGGAUGCCGUCAUUCUUGCCAACCACCUGUAUGACAUCAAGCCAACCAGUUUCGAAAGCAUCAAGCAGGCAUUGAGCGACUUCAAAGAGGAGCGUUUUGAUGCUGUCAAGGAGCAGUACCCACAAGCAGAAUUUGCUGCCCAGUUGCAAUUCGGACAUACGUUGUGGGAGCGAGUCUUGCGACAUAUCUUGUUCAAUUGGAUCCCAAAAUCGAUGCAGCUGAAGCGGAUGACAAAGGACAAUGCCUACCGUCCUCAGGCCAACUUCUUGCCCCAGGCUCCCAAGCGUGGCACAUUGGACGUCAUCUCCCAGAAACCCUCAAAGCGUAUCCAAAAGGAAAAGGAGGAAGAGGAGGCCAAGAAGCACGCCGUCACUGUCCUCUGA